CUCGAUUCCUCUAAGAUGUUUCCUAUCAUCAUGAAGACUUUUCCAGGAUUCUUCCUCAUCUUUGCAGUUCUAAAGAGUGGCGAGUCUCUGGAUUGUGAAAUUUGUUCCAGGAGAGGGCAUAUGUGUUCUGGAAGGACACUGACCUGUAGGGCUGACCAACAAACCUGUGCUGCAAUAUUAAUUGAAAACACACAUUUGGGAAAACCUCAACUCACCAUAAAAAAAACCUGCGAGCGCAGCAGAGUUUGUAACCCGCCUUUGCAAUCUCUGAAUAUGGGUCGAGGGAGAUAUGAACGGACAAGUGUCGUCUGUUGUAUAGGGGAGGACUGCAAGAGUGCUGCUCCCCGAUUCCAACCAGGGUUCAUCAAACCCAAUGGGAAGUCCUGCCCGGCCUGCUUUGCCACUAGCCUUUCUCUGUGUGGAUCCGCCAGAGUAGAUUGUUCUGGAAAUGAGUUCCACUGCAUGAAUGCAAUUCAUGAAAUGUAUACAGGUGGCACUUUGGUGACCUACUACAAGAGGGGAGACAUGUUUUGCGAAGCAAAUCCUGGUGGCUGUGGUGGAGAGAAAUAG